UAACAUCAAACUGUUUAAAAUAAAUAAAUGCUGUUUAUUAAUGAACGCUCCUUUUUGCAAUGCCAUUCGUCCAUCGAGAUUUUGCAAAAACAUUUCAUUGGCAUAAUGAACGUUGUUAAGUAAUUUAUUUUGUUAAUCUUUUAAAAUAUCAUAGAAGAAUGAAAAAACAGAAUGCUCCAUCUCGAACCAAUCCGAUAGAAAAAUACUUCAGUGUUAUACGCCUUUAUCAUUACUUCUUUUUCUUCGUAAUAUUCUUGAGUCAAGUUCCUGUAUUUUGGCAUUUCUUGAGCCUAAUAUUUCUGUCGCCACAUAUGAAUUUUUAUUGUACAAAAACUCAUCUUGUUAUCCGUAACGCGAGUCUUGUGAACUACUGUCCUUGCGAUGAGGUGAAGUGGGACAGAAGUGUGUUCACUGAAACAGUUCAGACAAAAUUUGACUUGUACUGUGAAACUCAAUGGCUUAUAAGUUUUACUCAGAGUAUACUUUACUUGGGGACCUUGUUAGGAUCAAUAUUUUUUGGUAUUUUAUCUGACAAGCUUGGUCGUCGUUGCGCGUGCACCAUAUCCAUAUUCCUCUUAGCAGUAUCAGGGUGUCUUUCAAGUAUCAUGCCAAAUGUGACCGCAUACAUAUUCAUGAGAUGCCUUGAAGGCUUUUCAGCCGGUGGCUACAUCGUAGCAAGUUUUGUGUUUGUCAUAGAACACUGUGGACCGAAUAAUCGAGAGGUGAUAUCGGCUCUUUUCCAUCUCCCGCUCAACGUUGGACACAUCAGUCUUGCGGGAGUCUCAUACUUUUUAAGAGACUGUAGCUACUUUCAACUAGCUCUUUCUGUGCCAGUAUUCUUUUUUGUGUCAAUAAGAUAUUUGACAAUGGAAUCACCAAAAUGGUUGAUGGACCAGGGCCACCUUGAAGAGGCGGCGAUAAUAAUGGAAAAAAUCUCAACAUUCAAUAGAAAACCACAUGGAUCGUUCAAGGCAGAAAUCGUAGAGUAUGAUGCUGGCCGUUCAAACAGUUCCAGAAAAAAGAUGCAUUUUAUUGAAGUGUUUAAACAUCGCCGACUUUUCAUCAAUAUUAGUUGUAUGUCAGCGAUCUAUUUUCUAUGUGGCUUGGGUUUUUUCGGAGUUUCACAAUACAUCGGCCAAAUGAGCGGUGAUAUGCACAAAAACGUUGCCAUCUCUGGUAUUCUAUUAGUUCCGGCAACUAUAUCAGCAAUUUUUCUUUUAAUUUUAUUACGUCGACGUAUAUUGUUAAUGAUAACCACUUUUUUAUCAGGUUUUUUCAUGAUAAUAGUUAUUUUCAUUCCGGAUGAAUUAAGCUUGCUUAGGGUAAUUUGUGCCUGUGUCUGUGAUUGUUUCUUCUUUAUGUCAUUUAUUACUGCCUUCCUUUUUGGAGUAGAGUUAUUCCCUACUGCCGUUCGAUCGUCUGCAUUAGGAUUUUUAUCUUUAAUGUCUAGAUUCGGCCAAAUUGUCGCGCCGCCUUUAAAUUCUUUACCAGAAUUUGUUACAGGACUCGUUUUUGGUGUUUUAGCUAUUUGUGGUUCAGUUUUAUGUUAUCCAUUACCAGAAACGAAAAAUAUUGAUUUGCCUUCGACACUGCAGGACGCGAAAGAUACUAAAAAAACUCGUGCAGAAAAACAAGAUAAAGGGAAAAGUACUGAAAAUGAAGAAGCAGACACUAGCAAACGAACUGAGUGAACAAUGGCAUACGUAUAUAUAAAACUAGUUAGUUCAUCAGUGUAAUAACAUCUUUAUUUUUAUGAAUUGUAUACGUUUCUUUGUCAUCCUAAAAUUAUGUUUUUAAAUAAAUUAUUUUUAUAUAAGUGACCUGUUUAUAAAUAAUUAUAAUGAUAUA